UUUGUUUGGUCUACUACCCAAUGGUUGGACCAUGCUAAGUUAACAACCUCAUGUGUUGUGGACCUUUUAAAACAUGCUAUGGUCCAUUACUUCAACAUUAUACUUCAUAGCACAUAUCGGUGUGAAGUCCAGAUGAGGUGAUGCUGCACGUGUUGCGCUCUCCUCUGCAGAGGACGCUCAUCCCUAUACAAUGGAGAUGUCAACGCUGCGUCUUCUCCACCAAGCCUCACUCUCUUCAGGGCGAGGACUCCACGGAGAACCGCAUGAACCCCCUGAACAUUCAGAUGCUGUCGAAGAACCUCCAUGACCAGAUCUUCAGAGGGCAGGAACCACUAUACAGAGAGGAAGAUGUGGAGCGCAGCAUCAGGCACCUGCAGAAACAUCAACUGUGGGGGAAGGAAACUUCACUGCUGCCUGAAGUGGAGCUGAAGCUUCCCCAAAUGUAUGGCAACAAUAUUGACGAGCACUUUCGAAUCUUGGCCCAGAAGCAAAGUCUACCCUACCUUGAGGCUGCCACUGAGCUGCAGCUGGCUGAGCUCCCUGCCAUGCCACAGGAGUGGAGCUGGGAGGUUGGAUGGACACGAUAUGGGCCAAAUGGGGAGAGUCAGAAGGUUGAUUUCCCAGAGGAGUCUGCACUGGUGUUUGAUGUGGAGGUGUGCAUGUCGGAGGGAAGGUGUCCAACAAUGGCUGUUGCAAUGUCUCCCACUAACUGGUACUCCUGGUGCAGUAAGCGUCUGAUUGAGGAGCGGUACUCGUGGGCAAACCAGUUGACGCUAGCAGACCUCAUCCCGUUAGAGACACCAGUCAACUCUGCCCGCCCACCAGGGGGUCAGUGGAAGGAGAGGCUAAUAGUAGGCCAUAAUGUCAGUUUUGACCGAUCAUUCAUUAAGGAGCAAUACUUACUAAAGGGUUCUAAGGUGCGCUUCAUGGACACCAUGAGCCUUCAUAUGGCCAUCUCUGGACUGACAGGGUUUCAGCGCAUACUGUGGAUGGCCAAUAAGAUGGGUAAAAGGAGGGGUCUUCAGGAGGUCAAGGAACACUUUAAAAAAGCUGGACAGAAACGGGAAGGUCCAGCGAUCGGCUCCUGGGACUGGGUUAAUAUUAGCAGCAUUAAUAACCUGGCUGAUGUCCAUGCUCUGUAUGUGGGAGGACCGUCACUGAAGAAAGAGGCCAGAGAGAUAUUUGUGAAGGGCAGCAUGACUGAUGUCAGGAACAACUUCCAGGAGUUAAUGCAGUACUGUGCAAUGGACGUCGAGGCCACGCAUCAAGUCUUCACAGAACAGCUUCCCCUCUUUAUGGAGAGGUGCCCCCAUCCAGUGACGUUUGCAGGGAUGCUGGAGAUGGGUGUGAGCUACCUCCCUGUCAAUCAAAACUGGGGGCGUUACCUGGAAGAUUCUCAGGACAUUUACGAAGAGCUUCAGAGAGAGAUGAAGAAAUCUCUGAUGACUUUAGCGGACGAUGCCUGCCAGCUGCUGCAGGAUGACAGAUACAAAGAAGACCCCUGGCUUUGGGAUUUUGAGUGGGAUGUGCAGGAGUUCAAGGUGAAGAAAGUAGCAGCCAGCAAGAAGAAAAACUCCCAAAAAGAAGCCGGAAUAAAAGUUGGUACUCCUCUUCCAGACUGGGAAGAAGACCCAGGUCCACCCUCUGAAGAGGAGAUGGCAGGCCCUUGCCCCAGCAGGCUGGCUGUGGAUAAGCUGAAAGAAACAGUGAGUCGACUUCCUAAGAGAAGACAACAUCUGCCUGGACAUCCAGGCUGGUACCGUAAGCUGUGUGAGAAGAUGUCUGAGGAGGACAGCUGGUCCCCGGGAGCCAACCUCAUCAGUCUACAGAUGAGAGUAACUCCUAAGCUGAUGGGUCUGACCUGGGAUGGCUUCCCGCUGCAUUACACAGAGAAACAUGGCUGGGGCUACCUGGUACCUGGACGCAGGGAUAACCUGGUGUCCGAGGAAGAGAGUACAGGGCCUGUGUGUCCUCACAGAGCUAUCGAGAGUUUUUAUAGAGAGUAUUGUGACCAAAACAGCAAAGCACGGCCUGAGUAUCAGGACUGCAACCCUUCAGAGGACCUCAUGUGGACUGACAGCACUGUGUGGGCAAAGGUGGAGGAGUUUGGCUCCAUGGAGAGUCUGACGGAGGAAAAUGGAGUCAGAAUGAUGAAAAAUGGAGAGAGGAAGACAAACAAGGUCCAAGAUCCACAUAACGUCCCAGAGAAGAGCCACUGCCAUUAUCACCAUGGAAAUGGCCCCUACAACGAUGUUGAUAUUCCAGGGUGCUGGUUUUUCAAAUUACCUCAUAAGGAUGGUAAUCACAACAAUGUCGGCAGUCCUUUUUCAAAAGACUUCCUGUCCAAGAUGGAGGAUGGUACCCUCAGGGCCGGACAUGGUGGAACCAACGCUACACGAGCUCUGGAGAUCAACAAAAUGAUGUCCUUUUGGAGGAAUGCCCAUAAACGAAUAAGUUCUCAGAUGGUGCUGUGGCUGCGAAAGGGGGAGCUCCCUCGUACUGUCAGCAGACACAAAGAGUUUGAUGAAGAGGGCCAGUAUGGGGCCAUAUUACCUCAGGUCGUCACCGCUGGAACUGUUACACGCAGAGCCGUGGAGCCAACAUGGCUGACAGCAAGUAACGCACGGCGGGAUCGGGUGGGCAGUGAGCUGAAGGCCAUGGUGCAAGUGCCCCCUGGAUAUCACCUGGUGGGAGCAGAUGUAGACUCUCAAGAGUUGUGGAUUGCCGCCGUGCUCGGAGAGGCUCACUUUGCUGGCAUGCACGGCUGCACAGCGUUCGGCUGGAUGACCCUGCAGGGAAAGAAGAGUCAGGGCACGGACCUGCACAGCCGCACUGCCGAUACUGUGGGCAUCAGCCGAGAGCACGCCAAGGUGUUCAACUAUGGACGCAUUUAUGGAGCGGGACAACCCUUUGCUGAGAGGCUGCUCAUGCAGUUCAACCACCGGCUGGAUCAGACGGAAGCUGCCAGUAAGGCCAGGCAGAUGUACGCCUUAACGAAGGGCAUACGCAGGUACCAAUUGUCAGAGGAGGGUGAGUGGCUGGUCAAUGAACUGGAUAUAGAGGUGGAGAGGGAGGAGGAUGACAGCGUCACCCUGCAGGAGUUAAGAAGGAUCACUAGACUGGCCUCACAGUGCUCUCGGAGGAAGAGGUGGGAUAUCGUGGACAAACGCCUGUGGGCGGGAGGUACGGAGUCGAGCAUGUUCAACAAGCUGGAGAGGAUUGCCCAUUCAGCCCAGCCGGCCACGCCGGUUCUAGGCUGCAGGAUCAGCAGAGCACUGGAGCCCCAGGCAGUAAAGAAUGAGUUUAUCACGAGCAGAGUGAACUGGGUGGUGCAGAGCUCAGCAGUGGACUACCUUCACCUGAUGCUGGUGGCCAUGAAGUGGCUGUUCGAGGAGCACGACAUUGAUGGACGAUUCUGCAUCAGCAUCCACGACGAGGUGCGGUACCUCGUCCACAGCGAAGACCGUCACCGAGCAGCGCUGGCCCUACAGAUCACAAACCUGCUCACAAGGAGCGUGUUUGCCCAUGCGUUAGGCAUGAAGGACCUUCCCCAGUCAGUAGCUUUCUUCAGUGCCGUAGACAUUGACCAGUGUCUGAGGAAGGAGGUCCACAUGGACUGUGUGACCCCUUCAAACCCCACAGGUGUUGAGAGGAGAUACAGCCUAGCACCUGGUGAGGCCUUGGACAUCUACCAAAUACUGGACAUCACUAAAGGCUCUCUGGACAGAGGAUGGUAGCACUGUGCGGGAAAAGCCACUGUUCAGCUCAAACACAACCGUUCAGCAGCUGGGCAAGAUCAGUGAGGGAUCAAACCAAGAAGCUGGGUCUUAGCUCACUGUUUCCUCUUCUUCUGUUUGGGCUCCUCUGCCUCCUGUGAUUCGUUGGUCUAAAAGAAAUGGACGAAGAGGAGUGAAAACAAACCGUGACAGUGUGAAUGUGAAAGGAAAUACAGAGAGGACCCUGUUGUAGCUGCAGUGUGAGAUUGCACUUACCUCCUGAGUGCCGUCCUGCUCCUGCAGAACUGCGUCCAGAGAAGCAGCGUUGAUACGGAAGUCUCUUGAGGUGCUCAACUUCAUGUACUGCAUCAGAUUGACCUGAACAGACACGUACAGGUGUUGAUGAAACACUGUAAAUGAGAGGCCUAACACUAACAGUGAUGGAGCUUUCCCCGUUCCAUCUGUUUUACAGGGCUCUUUAUAUUUUGACACUGACAUAUUUGGGAAACGUAUAUCAGCUCACAUACCUUAGAUUUUUUGGAAAGUGUGAUGAGGAAUUUCUCGUACUGUUCAAUACUGAAGAUGACGUUAGGGAUGGCCUUUGUCUCACGAAGAAGCUUUGCCUGCCAAGAGAGAAACAAAAUAGAUUCAAAGUCUGUUUGUUUUAAGUUGUAUCUAUACAUUGUUUUUGAUACAAUAAAGGAAAUGUUAGACAUGUA